GAGGGGUUGUCUGUGCCGUGUAAUGGAGUCUCAGUCGGUGAGCGGCCAUUGAGGGAGAAGGGAGCUGUGUAUUGAGGGCGGGCAGUUGGCGGGGAUUGUUCGGUACAGGUCGCCCCUAAUCGCUUUUAUAGGACUUCAGCCGACGUCUUUGGUCCGGUGAGGCCCGCCUUGUGACCGUCGGGUGUGCAGCUGUCCGGUGUGACCCCUCGGAAGGUUGGCCCGGGAAGAUGGAGAUGAAGAAGCGCAUCGCCCUGGAGCUGAGGAACAGAGCCCCGGCUGAGGUGACGGAGUUGGUUUUAGACAAUUGCCGGUCUAGUAAUGGAGAGAUUGAGGGUUUGAGUGAUGGGUUGAAAGAGCUGGAAUUCCUCAGCAUGGCCAAUGUAGAACUUUCUUCUCUGGCGAAGCUUCCGCAGCUGUCAAAACUCAGAAAAUUGGAGCUCAGUGACAACAGUAUCUCAGGAGGCCUGGAGGUGUUAGCAGAAAGGUGUUCUAACCUCACUUAUCUCAACUUAAGUGGUAACAAGAUCAAGGAUCUGAGCACAGUGGAAGCUCUUACAAAUUUAAAAAAUCUGAAGAGUUUGGACCUCUUUAAUUGUGAGCUCACCAACCUAGAAGAUUACAGAGACAAAAUAUUUUGUAAACUUCCACAAAUCACAUACUUGGACGGCUUCGACCAGGAAGAUAAUGAGGCCCCAGACUCUGAAGAGGAGGAAGAUGACGAAGAGGAAUAUCCUGAAGAUUCAGAGGAUGAGGCCGGCCCUCCAGCAGAGGAUGAUGAGGAGGAAGACGAAGAGGAGGGUGAAUCAGACUUGGGGGAGGAGGAAGAGGAAGUUGGGCUAUCGUAUUUAUUGAAAGAGGAGAUACAUGAUGAAGAGGAUGACGAUGAUUAUGUUGGUGCUGACGGAGAAGACGACGAGGAGAUAGAAGAAGAGGAAGCCUUGGAAAAGGGUGAGAAGAGAAAGCGGGAAGCAGAAGAUGAAGGCGAUGAAGACGAGGAUUGAAGCUCUGUAUGUGGAUGGACCAGUCUUUCUGAGCCCCCGGGGUUGAUGAUGAUGAUAGAGCGAUAAUGAUGCAGAUGUGUAUGUCUGUACCUGUAAAAUAGAUGUCCCUACAGAAUUUAACAUGUAACUUUUUAUAGGAAAAAAAAAGUGUGGUUUUACAAUUUUUGUGCCCUUUUUAUCAUUCCAGUUAAGACAAUUGGGAUCCUUUUUAUUAGUUCUCCUCCCAUAGAAUAAAUAUCCUUCAGAAUUUCCUUUUUUUGCACUGCCUUUUUGAAGUCCCAGUGGUGUAGCAGGCUCCUUGGGGAAUGAAGAGGUUAAUCAGUAUGACUAUUAAACACAAAUCGUGGAUUUUUAAGACGAUCAUGGCUCCCUGUGCAAAGUUUGUUAAUAUAAAGUAGAGAAAACAAUGGCAUUAAGCAAGCUUUUACCAUCAAUCGGUUUAAUUUGAAAUCGCAAAAGUGGUCAAAUGCUACAACAAGGUUAA